GUGAUCUUGUGCAAAUGUAUCUCUCUGACAUGUGGACGCAGGCUGCGAAGAGCCCACUAGUCAGCCUACCGGUCACAAGAGCAUCUCCCGCCGCCGGCCACGCAGCUCCGCCGGAUCCGGCCUACCUCCGCCCUAAAAGCGCCGCCGCCGUCGUCACGUGCAGCUCCACCACGGCCUGCGACAGCGCUGCGGCCAGACCAACAAAACGUGCGUGUGCUCCCCAAGCUUCUGCAAGGUCCGAGCAAAGCAUCCGCAUCGUGUUCUCUGUGCCACAGCCACCUCCCCCCACGUUCUCGGGAAUCUCGCGCCCCCGGCCGCGAUGGAGGUGGAGCUCCCCGCCCGCGCCUCCUCCUCCCAAGCCAAGGCGAGGGAGACGCCGCCGCCCUCCCCGGCGGCUCCCGCCACCGCCGCAUCUCCCGCGGAGGACGCGCCUCUCCUCCCGGGCGACGGUGUUGUGCGGCGGCGCGCGGUGAGGGAGCGGUUCGCGGCGCGCAGCCUCUCCUUCCGCCGGGACGUCGGCCACGCGGCCUCCGAGACCUUCCUCCUCACCCGGCUCACGCUCACCCUUCUCCGCUACCUCGGGGUAGGCUACAGAUGGAUUCGUCAGUUCCUAGCUCUCUGUUGUUAUGCUCUAUUGCUUAUGCCUGGUUUUAUUCAAGUUUUAUAUUAUUACUUCUUCUCAAGCCAAGUUCAUAGAAGUGUUGUAUAUGGAGAGCAACCAAGAAACAGAUUGGAUUUGUAUAUACCAGCUGGCACGACAGGGUUGAAGCCAGUUGUGGCAUUUGUCACUGGUGGAGCAUGGAUCAUAGGGUACAAAGGGUGGGGUGCUCUUUUAGGCAGACGGUUGGCAGAAAGGGGCAUUUUAGUUGCAUGCAUUGAUUACAGAAACUUCCCUCAGGGGACUAUUGGUGAGAUGGUAGAAGAUGUAUCCCGAGGAAUCUCUUUUGUCUGCAACAAUAUAGCUAGCUAUGGAGGUGAUCCUGAAAGGAUUUAUCUUGUUGGACAAUCUGCUGGUGCACAUAUUGCUGCUUGUACUCUUGUAAAUCAGGCUAUCAAAGAAUGUGGCGAAGAUACUUCCACUUGGAGUGUUGCACAGCUAAAAGCAUACUUUGGUAUUUCUGGCGGUUAUAAUCUUCUUAACUUGGUUGAUCAUUUCCAUAGGCGUGGUCUGUACCGGUCCGUCUUUCUCAGCAUUAUGGAAGGUGAGGAAUCAUUGAAGAAAUUUUCUCCAGAAGUGGUGGUUAAGGAGGUAGCUGCUAGAUCUGCAGUUUCUCUAUUGCCUCAUAUCAUCCUUUUUCAUGGGACAACUGACUGUUCAAUGCCCUCUGCUGAAAGACCUGACAUCCAAAAAUGCAGUGAAGCAUUCCUUGAUGCUUUACAACAGCGUGGUGCCAGAGCGAAUCUAUUCUUAUAUGAAGGAAAGACACAUACCGAUUUAUUUCUUCAGGAUCCUCUUCGGGGCGGUAGGGAUAAAAUGCUGGAAGAGAUAGUCGCCGUGAUACAAAAUGACGAUCCAGGGGCGUCCGCGCAGCACCUUGCCGUGCCCGUUGCACGCCGUCUUGUUCCGGAAUUCAUGCUGAGGCUUGCUGGGAGAGUGAGCCCUUUCUGAACAUGGUGGUGAUUACUGGACACGACGACUAGCGAGGCAAUUUACUGUAAGAACCGUAUACUAGUUAGCUACAGAAUGAGUUUGGUGGCCUGAUGUACUGCUAAUUAACCAGAGAUGUAUCUCGCUGUUUCGUAUGAGUUGUGUAAGGGCAGACCUUACUGUAGACGACUGCCACUGUUGUAUAGCUGUAUUGUACUCCCUCCGUCCGGAAAUACUUGUCAUCAAAAUGAAUAAAAAUGGAUGUAUCUAGAUGUAUUUUAGUUUUAGAUACAUCAUUUUUGUCAUUUUGAUGACAAGUAUUUUCGGACGGAGGGAGUACCUCAGUGUAUAGUAUGGCUCAUUAUUUUCUUGGCUCUUGAGCCUCUCAUUGUAUCUUGUGUAAUUGGAACAAAGGCCAGCCUGUGGUUGAUAUCGGCUGUGAAACCUAGUUAGCUAUGGAAGUACCGAUGGCUCACAAAAA